UUUCACCUUACUAUGCCAAAAUGCCACAGGUUAUAAUUGUCAUAUUAUUUCAGAGAAUAGCUGAGCUGAAAACUGAGAACAUCAAACUCAAACUCAGAAUUUACCAGCUUGAGAAGGACUCCCAGGGUGGGAAGUGGGAACAAAUCGAUGAGUGCCUUGCGACCUUCACCCCUCUCCUGGAGUGUUCAAAGAGGAUCUUGACAUGUGGUCAGAACCGGCCUGUGCAGACGCACCUGAAGAACUUCAAAGAUCUUCUGGAGCUGAUGUCCACAACCCUAAUCAAUCGGCCCAUGCUACAAGGCAAAGGGAAAGUUGCAGCCUCUGACGCCGGUGAUUGCAAUGAUAGCCACCUAGCUCCACAGGGCGAACUGAAAAGUGUGAAGCCUGAGGUGCCUGGAGAGACACAGAAGAGCUCCUGGAGAUCCCCUGUCCUCCAGAAGAGAAACACUGGGCCUCUCAACGCCUCAACCCCCUCUCCUCUCCUCGGUGUCUCGGGGAGUCCGGAGAGUGUUGGCCUGCAGGGUCUGGAGGAUGACAUAAAGGAGCUGGCGUUGCAGCUGGAAGCCAAGCUGGUGUUGAGCUCCCCUGUCCUGGAGGAGAGGGAGGAGGAGAACCGGACUCUGUGUUCAGCCGCCUCUCCAGCAGCCCCUGAAGCUGGAGUCAGAGAGCUGGCAGUGAGGACUGAGGACAAGCCUCGGCAGAGAUGCUCCCUGACAGACAGAGCAGGGGCCUCCUCCACCUCCACCUCUGCUCUCAAAGGCUCUGGACGAGCCACCCGGAACUGUGGAUGGGAGGUGAAGGACCUCACCGCCCGGCUCAAACUAACAUCCGUGAGUGCCGGCUUUACCAUUAUUCUGGAUGCUGGCCUGUCUCCCUCAACAAAACAGCAGGCAGAAACUAAAGCUGCGAUGACCUCGGCUCUCCACGCCCCCACUGAGGGUAUUCCCGCCCGGGCACGGGAAGUGAGCAGCCUCCUGUCUCCGUGCGGCGGACGAGCACCAGAGCUGGAGGACAAGCCUGGGGGGCAGGGCAGAACCUCCCUCCCGAGGAAGGACGUGGAGACGGAGCGUUCCUCCUCGUCCUCCCCUGCUCUCAGAGGCUCCGGGCGGGCCACCCAGACCAGUGCAUGGGAUGUGAAGGACCUUAAAGUGAACUUCUACCUGCCCUCAUUGUGCUCAAGCUUCACCAUUGACCUGGGAGCUGCCCCUUCGACCAUGGAUGGGCUGAAAGCGGCCCGCUUUUAAACCGCAGUCUACCUCUUCUAACCACAUAUUGACUGCAGUGGUUGCCAACCCUUGUUGACAUGGAUUUUUACCAUCUGCACCAUAUUUUAGGAUUGGUGUGCGCAUCUUCACGGUGAACA